AUGCGCAUCUACUCAACUCAGCUACUGGCUGCUGUUGUGUUCAUCGAUUGCCUCUCUAGGUACCCCGCCUCAGGCUCGAAGACGGCGCGACCUGAUGUUCCUUCCGUUGCUCAUCCCGAUGGCCACGUGGACGACAUCAGUGACGAUACUGCGCAACGAAACGACGAAGACGAGAGCGAAGCGAGGAUUGGAAUAUCACCAGGCGAAAUCUUAGCGUUGGCGGAGAAGUCACAAGCCAUGAAGCGUCCUGAGUCGAGCCGAACGAUUCCGCGAGAGCUCGAUCUGAUUUCGGGCGUGGGAAAAGCGAGUCCUGAGCUGAGCGAAACGGUGGCGAAAAGGCUUUCGCAAGAACCAGACCACCCAAAGCCUCUACUCGAUCUGAUUUCGGGCGUGGGGAAAGAGAGUCCUGAGCCGAGCGAAACGGUGGCGAAAAGGCUUUCGCAAGAACUAGACCACCCAAAACCUCUGCUCGAUCUGAUUUCGGGCGUGGGGAAAGAGCAGGCGCAUGUCAUGGUUCCUCAUUCGACGGACAUCGAGAGGAUCAUCGAAGAGCUGAAAGCGGGUGCAGGUUUGCAUCCUGUGACGGAUGAAAUGUGGACACUUCUGAAGAAGAAUGCAAAAAACGAAAACGUGGAUGAUCCGACACUACGCAAUGGUAUUCAUGGCUUUACUAAAAUCGCGUUUGCUUUGCGGGAAGCUAAGGUGAAAGAUCUUGACAAGGAUGAGGCACGUGCGGUGGAGAUCAGGAUGCUAGAUUACUUGUUGAAUAAGGAGAAAGCCGACGUUAAACAAGCAUUCUAUCAUCUGGGGCUCAAUGAUGUGAUCAAGAAAGAAGGUCUGACAGACAACAGCCUGGCCUUAUUGCAGGAGUUCAUUGAUCGGCGCAACUUAAUGCAUGAUGGCCCCAAUGCAUGUUUGGAUUCGAGCCUACUAAGCAUUUUCGUUGGCGACGACCAGAACCUCUUACAGAUCAUUGCGGGCACGGGAGAGGACUUAGUACUUGCCACCAACGUGCUAGUGAAGCUCAUCAGAAAGAAGUUUUCUGGUAAAACAACCGUCACGGGUAUCGUGAAGCAGCUCCUCGAGGCAGAAGUGAGUGAAGAUAUGAUUCAGCACAUGCUGCCGAGUCUUCGCAAAGAAGAAUUUAAACCGCGCCGCGAAGGAGAAUGGAAGGAGUUGAUUUCAGCUUUGCAGAAUACGCUGGCUACUGGCUGGGACGAUGCCGUUAAAAAAGCUGUGAAGGAGAGGAAGCCGCGCAAAAAAUGGGGAACGAAAAGGAAGGCGAAAACUGCAAUGACACUCGAGCUUGCACCAGCGCGAAAAAAACGAGCUCCGAAGGGCCGAAAGAGCAAGAAACCUUCCAUUCGGCGUUAG